CUUAAAUAUAUUAACAUAGAAUAUGUAGAUUCCUUUUUACAAUCUAUGAAUAAGAAAACGAGAUUAAAUAAGGUUAUAAAAUUAUUAUCUAUGUAUAGAGAUGCACUCGAUUUUUUUAUUGAAGAUGAAUUAAAAAACGAUGAAAUGGCUUUAAUAGAAAAGGGUGUUGAAAACCAAGGAAAUGAUAAAUUAAUGAACACGAAAAAGCAAAAAAAGAAGAAAAACAAGAAGAAAAUAAAUAAAAAUAAGAAAAAAUAUGCAAUGAAUUUAGAUACCAGCUUUUUUGUUGUAUUUAAUGUGUUGGAUAACAUAGAUGUCAUGUUUUAUAAUAUAAUGAAUGAGGGGAAUUUAAAAAUGAGGGUGUUAGAUAUUGAGAAAAUAAAGAGUAAUGAAAUAUUUAUAGAGGAGGAGAAGGGAAGUAAGAAAAAAAACAAGACAAAUGAUAACAAAAAUAAUGAUGAUGAUAAUAACAAAAAUAAUGAUGAUAAUAAUAAUUUAAAUGAGAAUCAUCAUAAUAAUAUGGAAGAUACUUACGAUCUGAAUAACAUGGUGAAUUAUAAACAUAUAAAAAAAUACAAACCUCUGAUUAUUUACUUUUUCAAUAACCUAGCUGAAAAUAUGAAAAAAAUUAAGAAUAAUGAUAUAUACAGAGGUAUAUUAAAAAUAUUAAAGAAAAAAGAAAUAUUAAGAUGGGUUGUAAUAUUAAAUUAUGGAAAGAUAUUUUUAAAAAAGAUAUGUAAAUUAUUUGUAGUAUCAACAAAUAGUGAUAUAUAUUUUUUUCUAUAUAUAUUAAUUGAGAAUAUAUUUCAAUUAUAUAAUGAAAGGAAGAAAAUUAUAUUUAUGAAUUUAUGUAAUAUAAAAAAAGAUAAAGAAGAAGAAGAAGAUAUUAAAAAAACAUAUAAUAUGGAAAGAAUAAUAUAUCAAAUAUAUCAGAAUUUUUUUCAAUCAUAUAUAUUACAUUAUGGAUUAUAUUAUAAUGAUAUACUUCAUAUAAAUCAUAGAAAUUUUAAAGAAAAUUGUCUUUUAGAAUUAUUUACAUAUUUAUCACAUGAUGUAGCAUAUACAAUUGUAUUUAGAUAUAUGCAAAUUAUUAUUCAAAAAAUUCGAGAACAAUAUAAUAAAACAUAUACAAGUGAAAAAAAAAAUAAAAAGAAAUAUAUACAUGAAAAUAAUAAUAAUAAUAAAAAAAACAAAAAAGAAAAGAAAUAUUUAAAUGAUGAUGAUAAUAAUAAUAAUAAUAAAUGUAAAGGAAUUUUACAUUUAAACAAUUUUCAUAUACAUAGUAGUUAUAUGAUGCUAUUAAUAAAAUUGUUAUCAAAAAUUAUUAAGGUAUAUGAUAAUUUACAUAGUCUUAUAUAUGGUGUAACUCUUUUAAUUAUAUCUAUAUUAAAAACUAAAAUAAAUAAUAUGAAAUAUAUACCUAUAAACUUACAAUUAAUUACUAUAUUAAUACGUACUAUGGAAGAUCAAAAAAAAUAUAUACCCUUAUUCUCAUAUAUCUCAAGUAUUAUUAAUGGACUUAAAUCUUAUAAACAUAUAAGAACUAUUACAAAAAAUCAAAAUAUUAGAAAUGAAAUUGAAAAUUUUGAUAUUAAUACAUCCUUAGAAAUAAAUGAAAAUCUAUUAUGUGACUUCCAAAUAUCUCAUCAAGUAUAUGAUAAAAUAUAUGUUGUUUUAUAUGAUUAUCUUGGUCUUAUGGUAUGUCAUAUCUCCUUCCCUGAAUUCUUUGUUGCUAUUGAAUCUUAUUUUAAAAAAUAUUAUGUAGAAUGUCAAAUACAAACAUUCAAAAAUAAACUUAAAAAUCUAUUAACACAUGCAAAAAAUUCCAUACAAAUUAUUAUUAACAAAAGAAAAAAUGUUAAUAUUUACAAUAUUUAUGAUCAGUUCAUGUUCUUUCAAAAAGAUAACUUACCACUAUACACACAAAGACAAAUUGUUCUAGAAAAUUAUGAAAAUUCUUAUCUUAAUAAAAUUAAAGCAAAGCUAAGUGGUCUACAACAUAUUAAAAAUAAAAACAACGAAAGUGACAACGAACAAAAUACAAAUCAUAAUAAUAAACAAAAGAAAAAUUUCAAAAAAAAAGAUCGAAAAAGAAAAGCACAAAAGGAAAAUCUAAAAGACCACACACAAGCUAAUCAUCAUAUUAACAAAAAGAAGAAAAAUAUAAAUGAAAAUAUAAAUAAAAGUAAAAAUAAAAAUAUUAAUCAUUCCACAGAAUUACCUACUGAAGAUAACGUGCAGGAUUUCUCCAUGUCAAGUGAUGAAGAAUAA